AUGCCAAUAAAAAACAACGAAUUCAACAGCAACAUAAAACAAAGCCCGCCUUUGUCGACCCUGACCGGGGAAGUUCCGGAUACGUCCGACGCACCCCCGGCGGCUGUUGACACAGGACCAUUGGAGCACCAGCAGGGAAGUACCUUUAACAUCCCCAUUAGCAUUCGAUUUACGCAUUCACCAUCCAUCUCAGGCCAACCAGACAGAAAUCCAGAGAAUCCACCAACACAGCAAUCCCAAACGACGGGAACCACGACCGCCUCCAACGCCCCGCAUCUUGCCGGGCCCCAGAGUAGGCGAUCUCCCCGCCUGAUCCCAAAAAUGACACCAGUAUCAGGAAAACUAAGCAAACAGCUCCACUGCAACGAGAACCGGUUCAGGUCUCCCGAUAUCCCCGCACCUGGCGGACCACCGGGAAGAACUCUCAGCCGGGAAACUCCUACUCACCAACAGCAACGAGUACGACGAGACCUCAGCCCGGUUCCCGGUUGCUCUUGGCAUCCGGUACGUUUUAGACCAUCCAGGAAACCAGUAGUCACCAAUCGUGACACCCACUUCCCCGUGCCGGCCCUGACCGGGGACGUUCCGCCUUACAGCGAUGCUCCCCCGGCGACUGCUGGUGCGGGAGGCCCGGGCACAUCCCGGAAAACGAUACCAAAACCUACCCGCAACGAAACGCACAAAACCACCGACACAACGCCUGCGGACCCCUUGCUCUACCUCCCGCGGUCAUUGGAAGGGACGUACGCCAGGCCACCCAUCAACAACUGCAACAAAAAUUACCCCCUCAACACAAACAAAGCGCACGAAGCCGAUAGCUUCCUGUCAAGGGAGAAAGCCUCUUCCCCUGCACCAGCCCUGUCCGCGGAUGUACCGGCCCUCACCGACGAGCCUUCGGCGGCUGCUGGUGCAGGGGGCCCGGAUCACCACCGGGUAAGUCUAAUCACACCCUACUCCCACCAAGACCAGUCGUACGGCUCCGAAUCAUUUCCAGGUAGCCCACCGCGCAGUCCCAACAGCGUCUCAAUGACCAACAGCACCGGCUCAGAGUAUUCCACGCUAGUCGUCCAGUGGAACAUCAACGGCCUAAGGAACAACCUAGGGGACCUACAGAACAUAAUCGCCGGCACCGAACCACUUUGCCUCGCCAUUCAGCAAACCCACUUGCACACCGGCGUUGACCCCACCCCAUGGUUCGGAAACAGAUAG